GCGGUGGCCGUAGUCUUCGUGGUCGUGGUGGACGUGGACGAGGACGUGAUGGUUCCCGCAUUUGUUCACAUUGCGGUGGAACUAAUCACACUAUUGAUUAUUACUGGCAGCUACAUGGUCGUCCUACGUAUGCCGCUGCUUCUAUUGCUUCCACUGUUGCUUCUGAGACAGUCUUCCACCCCGACAGCUGAGCAGUCUACUUCAGGGGAGUCUCUUAUUAUUUCUCGGGCGGCAUAUGAUGCCCUUAUGCGGCUUCACAUUCGGGAUAUUCCUGAGCCUUCUCACGCAGCUUCGGCCCAGUCAGGUACCGCCCUUCUUGCGUCAUCCUCUCCUACCUCCUGGGUCAUUGACUCUGGAGCUUCCUCCCAUAUGACUGGACCUACAGACGAAGAGAGUGAUUGGUGGAGGGCAUGAGCGAGGAGGCGUUUAUCUUCUCGAUGAUACACCUGUUGCCGCUUCUAGUACCCUUUCUCUAGAUCAAGAGUCCAUGACUCGGUGGCAUUGCCGCUUAGGCCACCCAUCCAUUGCUAGAUUGAGACUUUUAUUUCCCUCCUUACCUGUCACUAAACCAUUAUGCUGUGAUAUUUGUGAAUUGUCUAAACAUCAUCGUGCUACGUUUCCUCCUAGCUCUUCUGGGAGGAAAUCUCAACCUUUUCUUCUGGUUCACUCGGAUGUUUGGGGACCAGCUCCGGUUACCUCGACUUUUGGAUUUAGAUAUUUUGUUACCUUUAUUGAUGAUUAUUCCCGCAUGACUUGGAUUU